GUUCCGCUCGCUGGAUUCUCUAGUACAGUUUCGACUGUGACCCACGUGCAGUCCUUAUGCAAGGUUUUUCCUGAGACUAUGCUACAAAAGAGUUUCUCUGGUGCUGCAAAAACGAUGACAAUUAGGGAUGCUCUCAACUCUGCACUUGAUGAAGAGAUGGCUGCAGAUUCCAAAGUUUUUUUGAUGGGCGAGGAGGUUGGUGAGUAUCAGGGAGCAUACAAGGUUUCCAAAGGCCUUCUUCAGAAGUAUGGUCCUGAUAGAGUCCUUGAUACCCCUAUCACGGAGGCUGGCUUUGCUGGAAUUGGUAUUGGGGCAGCACUUUAUGGUCUACGUCCUGUUGUGGAGUUUAUGACAUUUAAUUUCUCUAUGCAGGCUAUAGAUCAUAUAAUCAAUUCUGCUGCAAAAUCAUUUUAUAUGUCUGGAGGUGGAAUAUCUGUACCAAUUGUCUUCAGAGGACCUAACGGGGCUGCUGCUGGUGUUGGUUCUCAACACUCUCAGUGUUAUGCCGGUUGGUAUGGAACUUGUCCUGGACUUAAGGUGCUGGCUCCUUACUCAUCAGUAGAUGCUCGAGGGCUGCUAAAAGCUGCCAUUAGGGACCCAGAUCCUGUUGUUUUUCUGGAAAAUGAAUUGUUGUAUGGUGAAACAUUUCCUGUUUCAGAGGAAGCCCUUGAUUCUAAUUUCUGUCUUCCAAUUGGAAAAGCUAAGAUAGAACGGUCUGGAGACCAUGUGACUAUUACAUCUUUCUCUAAGAUGGUCAGUUAUGCACUUCAGGCUGCAGAUAUACUUUCCAAGGAAGGGAUCAGUGCAGAGGUCAUAAAUCUGCUAUCAAUAAGGCCACUUGAUAGAGAAACCAUCUUUGCAUCUGUCAAGAAGACCAAUCGGCUUGUUACUGUUGAAGAAGGUUUCCCGCAGUGUGGUGUCUCUGCAGAAAUUGGUCAAUCGGUGAUGGAGGAGUGCUUUGAUCACCUUGAUGCACCAGUGCUUAGAGUUGGCGGGGCCGAUGUGCCCAUGCCAUAUGCAGCUAAUCUGGAAAGGAUUGCUCUUCCCCAGGUUGACGACAUUGUACGUGUGGUGAAGAGGCAACUAGAUGUUGGUUAGCUCUAGCUCUCCAUCUCCAGCAGUCCUUGGUUGAUUCUGCAAGGUGGGAUUCAUACUACCUUUUGAGAAGCAGAGUGGGGGGUUUCCUUUUCUCCGUUUUCUGAAUCUUUGGUCUGUCUCUGUUUUCUUUCUACCUGCUAGUACAUAUCGUUACUUAAAGAUCAACAGAUCUACCCGUUGAGAUUUUGUCAUGGGGAAUCAGCUAAUGGGAUGAAGGUGUGCCCCCUGUAAAUAUAGCUAGAGAUGUGUCGUUGCAUGCAGGCAUGUCUUGCAAGCAAACAAUGUGGUGACACCAUUUACAUCAACACGCCGACGCCGACAAUAAAUAAUGUGCAGUAUAAAUGUGAACAGUGUGGUGAUAUAAACAUGU